UGCCACUUGGGACAACAUUUUCCCAUGAACAUCAGAAGAUUUGUACUGCUCUCCAGGCAGAAUUUUAUAUUCAUCCUCUAUUGAUGACAACUUGCUAAGAUGAUUGAUUCUUGUUUUUUAGGGUUUUGGAAUCAACGCGGAAGAUUGUAACUUGUUAAAUCCCAAACAAAAAGCGGCCUGCUUUGAUAAAGGGUAAGACGUCAUGAAUCUUUUUUCCGAUAAAAUUUCCGGUAUUUCUCCUCUCUGUGUAGUGACGUAACCUUCGAAAAGCGCGAAAAAAAAAUUACUUUAUUAAGAAAAAUAAGUUUUUUGGAAUGAGAAUAAUUUCGAUUUUUAAAUGAAUUUAUGCAGAUGCCUCAUCAAGAUUUCCGGUGGGGAAACUUCCGGUAUCGGUGGAGCCUGGGAACAAAGCUAUCCUAGUACACACCAGGCUUCCUCUCUUGCCAUUAUACCUUAUGUGAUCGAUGCGAGUUUUCCCUUUUUCUCCCCAACUCCACCGACAAGCUUUGCUUUUUUCUUUAACCCACCGUAUCGGUUUUUCCGCUCACCUUUCAUCAAGAGAGAAUGAUACCUUGAUGACCUUCGUGAAACUAGACCGCGCGGUCAUGGGAACAAAAUUCAAAAAUAACCCUCGUAGCAUGGCGCGAACUAAAAAAAGAUUGAAAAUAAUUUUGAUAGGGCACAGGGAUUCGCUCUCUUACCUCAUUCUCUCCUGCUUUGAUAAGAUCAUUGUACUUAAUAAGAUAGGGUUACGGUUGUUAUAGACAAUUUAUUGCCUAAAAUAAACGGCCACUUAAGUGGCCCAAUUUUGCCAAAACUGGUGUACCAUUUGUAUUCUCAUCCAACCGAGCUUCGCCAAUGCAAUCUCCCUGCACUUGAGUAGCAGGUGGCAUAAAGGUAAUUUAUUUCACGGAAGUGAAAUAAAACCAAGAGCCAUAAUGGGACUCUUGAUAAAACAUAUAGCAAGAGAACCACCGAGCACUAUAAUCGAUCGUCUAGCCUUAAUGUGUGAAGUAUGAAAGGUUGAAAAUCACCAACUGCACGGGCAAGAGUUUCUGUUCUAGAUAAACAACAUUAGCAAUAAUCUUCAGAGGCGGAUCCACGAUUUUUUAAGGAGGCAGGUGUUGUACCUCCAUUUUUCCUUUUCUUUUCUUUUCUUUUCUUUUUUUGAAGCUAGAAGUGCACCAUUUAUGAUCGGGACUCGAUCACCAAAUGAGUUAAUAAUAUCAAAUCCUUAAUGACUGUAAGUAUCCCCUGCACUCCUCCCCUAGAUUCGCCUUUGUCACAAAAUUUUUAAAAUACUCGUCCUUCUAUUCGCUUCCAUUACAUAUAAAAGAGCCUUGAAAAAGACAGAUGACGCCGGAGAUGUAGCAUGGAUAGAGACCUGUGUAGUGAAGUACUUUUGCCUGCAGCCCCUACCAGGACAAGGUCCUAAAAUGUUCAAGAAACCACAAUUUGAAGAAGAGAUGAAAAACUUCGUGCCCGGUGACUAUUUUGAGAUAAUAUUGAGAGUAUUGAGAUAGUGAUCCUACCCCUAUUAUACAGCGCUAGCUCUUUUGGUCUCCCAUGAGAAAAAACAAUAGACAUGUUCCUAACACUAGAAGGGGCACCUUACCUUCAAAAAAAGAGUCUCUAUUUAAAUUCAGUUUCAGAUAUUCCGCAUCCAAAUUUCUUUACAAUAGACCUUCCCCGAAUUCGCUUGGCUGAUUACGAAACAAUGGUUCCAAGUGGAGACUGAACUUGAUUCUUUUAUUUAUCAAGGCCAACCUCGACUUAAAACCAUUGUUUCGUGAUCAUCCAAGCGAAUUCGGGAAAGGUCUAUCAUGCAUCAAGAUAGCUAUUAGGUAAAAAAUGUCUCAACCGAGUGAACCUGUAAAUGAUCAUGAUAAUUUUGGCGUAAACGGUCGUAGCAGCAGUAGCAGUAGUAGUAGUAGCAGUAGCAGUAGCAGUAGCAGUAGCAGUAGCAGUAGCAGUAGUAGCAGCAGUAGCAGUAGCAGUAGCAGUAGCAGUAGCAGCAGUAGCAGUAGCAGUAGCAGUAGCAGUAGCAGUAGCAGUAGCAGUAGCAGUGGCAGUAGCAGUAGCAGUAGCAGUAGCAGUAGCAGUAGCAGUAGCAGUAGCAGUAGCAGUAGCAGCAGUAGCAGUAGCAGUAGCAGUAGCAGUGGCAUUAGUAGCAGCAGUGGCAGUAGCAGUAGCAGUAGCAGUAGCAGUAGCAGUGGCAUUAGUAAGCAGUGGCAGUAGCAGUAGCAGUAGCAGUAGCAGUAGCAGUAGCAGUAGCAGUGGCAGUAGCAGCAGUAGCAGCAGCAGCAGCUUUAAUAACCAGUAGUAGUAGCAGCAGUAGCAGCAGUAGCAUCUUCUGUUAGGCCGAGAAGGUGAAAUCCUUAAAGGCCCAUAAAUGAAUUAAUACGUUUGUACUUAGUACGCAGCCACAAGAAUCGAGAAUUUCUUUCUACGUAACCCGGACUGGAAAGUAACCAAGGCAAACCCAGAUUACAAAGCCAAUGGCUGCGUGAAGCUUCUCGCCAUCACCGAAGCUCGAUACCUGUACGUUACCUUUGUACUGUUCAUAAAGAGCGCUAAAUCACUUACUGCAUGUACUCAGGACAGCAAUGGCAGGUACAUACUCCCCACAGCCGUGUGCUUCCCUCGACCCUACGGCAGCGCUACUUGUACAUCGGAUUACGAUGUGGGAUUAAUUGGACACACCUCUGGGAUCCUGACGGCCGCGUUCAACGAAUAUUUUUUGCAAAAAUUCAACAAGCCGUCAGAAGAGGUGUUUGAUACCAACGUCUAUGCUUACACUCUGGAAUUCGCCAUGCCGGAACUGUUUACUGGUAUGACAGGAUACUUUAAGAAUAUUGUGCCUUACUUGGAUCUAAAGCCUUGGUAUCAAAUGCAAGAACUUGCCAGCGCAUAUUUUAAGGUAAAGAGUUGAAGGUAGAAUAACUCAAGAAUGAAAGUUUUUUAGGUAUAAUUCCGUACAAAUAAAACCCAACAUAGAUUUUUCAUGAAACUUGGUACAGUUAUCAAUGGAAACUCGUUAAUUUCAAAACGAAAUAAAAAAAGGAGGUUCAAGGUGUUGGUUUUUAAGCUAUACGUUGGCAACAUAGAUUUACGUCAUUCUGGUGGCGUACAAGAGCAUUAUGAUGGCAGAGGGAGGACUAAGGAGACUUUUUAGCGUGAUAACUGUUAUAGUUCUUGCUGACUAAAUAAAAUGUAGAUGUUUCAAAAUAGUGGCUAAAAAGUGUUUAGUCGGACGUGCUUGACGAUAUAUUGUUCGGCAACAUUGCUUUUACUCCAUUUCGAGUCAUAUCCGACGAAAAGAAAAGAAAAGUGAACUAUCAAUGUUAUGCGCAGUAGAGGUGCGCGGUACGAAACUACGGAAUUAACUUAAAAAGUUAAUGUUGUUCUUUCGUGAGAACGUGAUUAAAAUAAGCAGAUCAGGGAUUACCCUGACUUAAAUCGGCAUUCUGGGGGACGCUACUAGAGGUGGGUCCCAUUUGGGCUAUUCAGUGACAAUGCCUCGAGGUUCCCCCUUUAGACUUAACUUUUCUCACUAGAGAAGUUUUCGUGUGGCUCUAAAGAGCGACGUCACGCGGCACCGUCACUCUAUAGAAUUUAGAGUAGUCGUUCGUUGAUUGUCGAGUCGCCUGAGAUUCCUUCUUAUUCAAUGAAUACACCAUCGUUGCCAUGGUACGGCACGUCUGUUCCGCAACUUUUCAACAUAAUUACCGUUUGUUGACAGAUGGUCGUUAAAAGUAUGAAUAUUUGCUUUUUUAACUCUUUCAAUACAGAUGUAUAAAUUCAGAGACUCGUUCUACAAAGAACUGAAAGACUACGCCCAAGCCAAUCUUGGAGGGCUGGGGAUAGUCAAGUCUGUACCGGAUCGCAAUCUGUAUUUUACGACGCUCAUCAAAAAGCUUGAGACUUGGGAUAAAAACAAGAAGGGAAUCAAGAACAUCAACGACUUGAGGAAAGAACACAACAGGAUAUACGAAGAAAGAGUGAAAGGCGCUAAAGAUCACUUUGACAAGAGGGAGAAUUAUCAAGAAAUUGUUAAAUAUAUGUCAGAGGUAAGAUUAGUUAUUGAUUAUUAAUGAUAUGACAUUGAAUUUAAAGGUUACAAGCAAUCUGUCGUUAUUUAGCUGCAUUAUUGACCUUUUCUCAAUUCAGCUCAUGCAAGAGACUAUAAAGGGGACAGAGAGGGCAUCCCCCAUAUACAUCCUAUUCCAUAAGUAAUUCGUCUUGAAUUAUUUUUAACACCACAGAUCUCAAGGGGGAUUAGACAACAACCAAUCACAUAGCGCGAAUGUGUUCCGCGUGGAUGACCCACGCUGAGAGCCACGCGUCCUUCACGAAAUGACGCAGAACAAAAUGGGGGAAGACGCGGAGAGCGAUUUUGCUAUUCCUUUUGUCGACGAAAACGACUACAGCGAGAUUUCUGCGAAAGCUGUGUCAGCGAAACCGAAAUUAAAAAAGAAUCGCCCUUCCUCUCUUGUAUAGAGCUAACAGUAGAGCAGGGAAAUCCUUAACACACUGAAUAUUCUCUCAAGAUCAUUUAUAAUUUACAGUUUGAAGAGAGCAAUUUCUGGUUUGAUGUUUAUUUUUUUCAGUCUUUAUAGCGAUUAUUCCUACCCACUUACUUCGUCAAUUGUAGGCGAACCCUCCUAAAACUGAAUUUCAAGGGACCAUAUUCAAGCUCAGAAAGGAAAAUAAAAUAUCGUCGUUGCUUAUUUACGUCCCCCAUAAAACGCCGUAGUCGUGCAAAAACGGGAAAGAAAUGAACAAAAAAGUGUGUUGCACGUGCGAAGUUGUUGUUUUGCUAAUUAAACCUAUUGUUUUUUUGACGUUCUAGUUGUCGUCCGCGUCGUUGGAUCUUAAACUCCCUAAAUUGUACAAACGACCGGUUUCAAUAGACCGGCGAAAUUUCUCAUUUUAUUAAAGUACUGAGGUUACGACAACUUCGAGUUAAACUGAUUUCACGGGUUGUCAAAGAGUCCAGCGACUCCUUUUUCCCAGGUGAGCGCCGACUCAUUUCGCUUCAAUAUUCAGGAAUGCUCUCGAUCUUUUUACGCUUUCAUUGCCUCUCGCCCGACAUGUUUUGCACGGCGUUUGGUCAUGCGAAACCUCCACGAAACAUCCACGCCUCGCGCGAGGUAACUUUAUCCCGAUUCUAAAAAUAACUCGAGACGAAUUACCUAUGGAAUAGGGUGUAUAUGGGGGAUGCCCUCUCUGUCCCCUUUAUAGUCUCUUGGCUCAUGGCGAUGAAGCUUGGGAUAGCUUCCAUACAGGUGUUCAUACUAGCUAGACCACAAUGCAACAUGCUUGUUAUCUCAAAAAUGCCCGUGCUCAUUUUCUCCCGUAUUAUUCAACCUCGUCCCCAGGGCUUUUCCCUUAAAAAAUGGGUGGGGCGGGAAAAGGCCCUGGCAUCGGCUGGUCACGUGUCCCCUCGUACACACUAAAAUCCUGGGUGUAAUAAAUUAGCGCUAUGUGAAAAGCUAAAAUUAUGCGUAACCUCACAGCGCGCGAUCUUGGGCGGCCUUUUAUAUCUCUUGACGAUUAACGAAAAGUUUUACAAGAUUUCUUUUUUGUCACAGAUACUGGCUAUGGUAAUUUUUUGCUUUCCUCCGAUUUCUAUGAAGGGGACAGCGAGCGGUAACAUUUGUAAAACUUCCUUUAUAGAGCGAUAUAAAUGACAAACAAGCUAUCGUACAUGCAUAAAGUUUGUACUGCAAAAGUCCGUUUUCUCGACUCUUCUGAUAUUUUAUUUUAUUUCUUGCGAAGUGGACCGCCGUACACAACCUAGUUCUAUUUAACUUAACUCUCAGCCAUAUCAUAGCGUCACGCGUUGGUUUAGACUUAUCUUGUAUGACCUGUCUUUUUAAAAAUUCAUUGACCUCUGCGAGACUUGACCGAAACCGGAAACCGCGCAUGAAAAGUUUCUGGCACCCAGGGUAUCAAACGACUGGUAACAAAGAAAGACUUGGGUCCAUUUAAAAUUGACAGAGCUGUAGUUGAUUCCAAUCGAUCGGUCAAUCUUCCCUUUGAUAUAAGGAAAAUCCUUUGUACUUAUCCCCGGAAGAGAAAAGAUAUAAGAGAUCUUAAAAUGUUUCAGAUCGGCGACCUGUCAUCGUUCCUGGCUGGAGGGCUGACUUGCAUCCGGCGCGAAGAUUUGUUUGUUUCAUGGUCGGGUUGUAGAGAAGACCAGACUCCAUCAUAAAGUAUUUUGAUGAACAAUUCUAUUUCAAUUAAGUCCAAUUUGUUUAAAUUCACUGCAGAUCCUAGAGGCAAAGGCCCGCAUUUUUGUUUGACAUUGGACAAAAUCACUUUCUGCUUGAUCGUACAGUAAUUCCACAGUCACGAUGAAUUUCAGUCGAAGUACUACUCGAUAACAGCUUGUCUCAACUCUGAAGCAUUUGACAUAUUUUGUACGUGACAACGUAGAGCCGGUUCUUGUAGCAUUUGAAUAAUACGCAAUUAAAUGGAUCUUAAGCUUUUGAAUCGCACAGACGCGAAAAUAUUGACAUACAGUUCGCGAUAUCAUUAUUUUCCAUUGUUGCUCCCUUCGACUUCUGUCAGCGCAAAACCAGCGGGUUGCAUAUAAAUUAGCUUCUCAGGAAUAUUUAGGCUGUGCACGUGACCAGCCGAUGCCAGGGCCUUUUCCCGCCCCACCCAUUUAAGGGAAAAGCCCUGGGGACGAGGUUGCGUAUUAUUCACUGUUUCUACUCACAACGCCUUCAUAUUUUACCUUCUUACCUUUAUUUAUUUUACCUGCAUAAAUUACGAGUUUAUUUCUUUGUGUAAGAGACCAUUUUUUGUGGGCAUAGAGGAGGGGCUGGCGGGUUUCCAGAUUAUGUUUAUACAGGAGCCCAUAACUAUAUGGAUAUUCACACCAACCCCUCUCCGUUUACAUAUUUUUUACCUAACUCCCAAUCUACAUAAAAGAUUUUUUGGCAUGCGUCCGAUCCCCAAUAUGACCAAAAUUUUCGCUGACCCUCCCCCUUUGGACCCAAUUUCUACCCUCCAAACCCAAGAGUCGCCCCGCCCGCCCCCACCCCCCACCUCCCGAUAAAAAUAGAAAUAUAAUGCACCUAUCAAUGUAAAUCCUGUGGGGGGGUGGGGGCGAGUGCGGGCAAGGGACAUGGAUUUGAUGCCUGAGGCUAUCCCCCUGUCGGGCUUUUGAUCGUGCGAAGCGACCCCGGGGUCGGGACAUUUGACUUUGACCGACAGAAGCCUGGUAUCAAUUCAGAAGCGGUUGCCAGGUCCGUCCCUCAAGGCUUUCUGAAAGUCACGCCGUUGCAGAAAGGUGUGAAGUUUUCAUUUGUUUUAAUCGCCAUAAUCCGAUACUUUAAAGGGACAGUGUCCCGAUUAUGCGCACGCGCGAGCGUCAUCUGUUUUUUCUUCAAAAGACAAUAGAACUGUCAUAUUGACUUGACAAGAUUUCCUUCCGGACCGCACCGCCGGUAGAGAUAUGUCGUUUAUAUUCUCCAGUAAUGUUUUAGACUUUCAAAGAAGUCUUUCGUCUUAUAUAAAAAUUUGGCUCGCGGUUCGAAGACUUUAGCGAUUUUAUCGUUAGCUGGGCCGCCACGCGACCCGAAAAUCUCGUUCCGCUCGCUUUAAAAACAUAUUUUCUAAUUUGAAACUCGUGUCAGAGGUCAGUUGUUACAAGUCUAGUAAUAUCUGCCUGAUUUGCUCGCGUUCUAGCCUCAAACGUUUGAAAGACAUAAAUAAAAAUGCGAUCUCAACGCUAUGAAUCAUGAGAAAGGUUAGUCAAAAAUUGUAUUAUGAUUUCAUGGCACUAGUUUUUCUAAACAUGUAGCGCCUGUUUGUUUGAUUUUGUCGGCCGUUAGGGAGAUUCAUUUAAAAAAGUUUACAAACGCGUCGUUGCAAAACAUUCUGCUUCACGAAGCUCCCCUCCACAAGAUCUCCUCAGUCACAUCAAUGUCUCAAUGGUUUCUUUCUUACAGUCUUUAUUGUUGCCGUUUCAUUUCUGCGUAUUCCUUUCACAAUUAUCUGAGCUUGUAUGGAAGCUAUCAGAAGAAAUAAGCCUUCAAUCGGCAUCAAAGUGCUUCCAAUCUUUUGGUCCUCCGGCCAACGGCAAUAAAAGUAACGCCAAAAAUCCAGAUUUUGCCCAAAUCGAAACUUAACAGGAACAAUAUAUCAUUGAUCUGUAAUCCUGAGAAGUUUUAGUGUCGUAUUGAGCCCGGUCAAGCGCGAUACAAACGGAUUUUUCACGGUUCUCUUACUCUCCUCGCAUCUUUUGAUUUCGCGACAUCCUGUCCAAAAAUCAAAGUUUGGUGCAUGCGCAGUAACGGGAUACUGUUCCUUUAAACUGUCAUCUAAACAGAUAAUGUCUAUUUUGAGAAAGCUUUUAUCUUCAAGUUCCCAUCUGAUUGUAAAUCUCGAUUGAAAUCGAAUUCCACCAUGAAGUCAGAGGAUUUUUUACAGGUCACUGAUCCGAACUGUUCCGACAUGUUGGGCAGAUGUUCUAAAGCCUUUUACGUUUCAUUAAUAUUACAAUAGCACGGUCAAUCUUCCUAGAGUGAUUUUGUUGUUCAAAAUAAGAGAUGCUAGUAGAGAGAGAAAAUACUUAAUUACAGCGAGUAAUUUAACGGAGCUUACUUAAUCUUAAAUAAAAGUAUUAUUUAGGCAUCUAAGAUUAAUUUUGUUUAGAGAUAAAUGACAUAUGAAACUGGUUAAUGUAAACCAGACACAACAGAUUUUUCAACAAGAUGUGUUGAAGGGAUGAGGGGGGGUUCAAUUAUUGUUCAUGUAUUUGUGAGUAGUCCAACUUUCGGUAAAUAUGCACCUAUAAUGAAAAGUACCUGCGCCGUACUUUCCACGCCAUGAAAAGCAUCUACAAUAUAUUAUCUAGGAUUCUAAAGUAAUUUCAUAGACCUUAUUUAAGACAGUGACAUUUUACCUAUGACAGAAAAGGUCUAUGGUUGAUAUGUGAAUUCCCCAGCCCACCCCAUACUCUGACUAAUUUAUCCAUAAAAACUUCUGUCUCAAAUUGCACUGUCAUCAAUCAACCCUUUGUGUCGUGUGUUUCAGAUGUCUGUAGCCCUAGUGUAUGCAGCCGAGGCCUAUCACACGCGAGGCGCUAUGAGACACGUGGUCGGCGAUCUUCAAAUGCAUUCAACAGUUGUCAAGGAAGGCACCACGGUGAUGGAUUACUGGGCGUCCAUGAUCGAGAACUGGGCCGAUUCCAACAAGGAAUAUGAACACUGCACUGAACUCAAAGUCGAAGCCUCCCUCCUAAAAAUGAGCAAGUACCUGCGCCGUACUUUCCACGCCAUGAAAAGCAUCUACAAUAUAUUAUCUAGGGUUCCUAACCCCGCAAAUGCACUAAAGGCAGCCGGCCUUCUCCCAGUUUAUCAUUUACAGCCUGGAAAAGACCCAGAAACAAUAUCCCUGGAAUGGGUUUCCAAGUAUCGUGGUGUAAAAGAUGAAAUUCCCGACUUCGCAAAAAACAUCAAGCCGUUCCUGGACACCGUUGGCUACAGAGGCCAGACUCCAAACAAAGCACUGGAUUUUGAAUGCAUGAAGAGAAUCCAAGCUCAGGUGAUGUCUUAUAACAACAUCCUGGUGUCUGCAACAGCUAAAGAUUCACCGGCUAUUCAAGCUAUCUUUACUUUAAUGCCCAAUGGAAAACAGAAGAGUCGGCCUGUCCCGUAG